UGAUGAAAAAGGAAGUAGAUGAGAGAGAAACACAAACAAUGUGAGCAAGUGGGAGGUGGGUGCUUCUGCUCUGGGACGCAUCCCUGAAUUUCAGCUGGGACCUGGGACAGCAGCCAGGGAGACAGGAUCAUGACGCUGUCCCGUGCUCUGCUCCUUCUCUGUCUCCCAGGCUGCCUGUCCCUGACGGGCCCCGGCUCUGUGAGCGGCACCGUGGGGGGCUCCCUGAGUGUGCAGUGUCGGUAUGACGCGAAGUACAAGGGGUACAACAAAUACUGGUGCCGAGGACAGCACGACACCUCCUGCACGCACAUCGUGGAGACCGGGGGAGAGGAGCGAGAGAGGAGGAACGGCCCUGUGUCCAUCAGAGACCAGGCCAGCAGCCUCACCUUCACCGUGACCAUGGAGGACCUGCGAGCCGAUGACGCGGGGCACUACUGGUGCCGAAUUCAGACGAUAUGGAUCUUCGACGAGUGGUCACGUGACCCUUCGGUGGCGGUCAUGGUGUUAGUUUCCCCAGCAACCACAACCGUAGCUACUACAACCACGACAACCACCACGCUACCGCCCGUGCCUCCCACCUCGCAGAGCCUUGGUAGCGAGGGGCUGCCGAUCCUCUUCCUGGGGUUCGGCAGCCACUUCGUGCUCCUGGUCUGCCUGAAGCUGCCCUUGCUCCUCAUCAUGCUCAGUGCUGUCCUCUGGGUGAACAGGCCUCAGAGGGCUCCUGGGGGCAGGUAGAGGCAGUCGCACAGGGAGGCCCUGCAGUGCCCGUCCCCAGAAUGCCCCGUGCAGGGACACAGCCCUUCAGACUGGACCAGGGAGAGCUUUGGACUCUGGAGCCCAGGGCAAGGAGGCAGCUGUGAAUGGGUGUGAAAGGAAUUUAUCCAGAUCCUCCUCCUGGGCCCCAGAGGAGGAUCUGGACCUCAGAGGACCCUGAUUUGGAGUCCUCAGCUUGGAGAGGGAGUAAAAUUCCUGAGCCUUGUUUCAGGUCUUCCUUUCUCCCACCUAGGUCCCCUGGCUCUCUGCCCUCAUGGCCAUCAUCUGAGGGCAAUAAGUCUCUGGAAUUCUCUGGAAGUUGCAUGCUCACAAUGCCCUGGAGAUCCAUACACAUUGUCACACUUAUCAAUAGU